CUUCUCGGCGGCACCCACGCGGCCCGUCCCAUGCCUUGGCCGGCCUGCAGCUGUGGCCCCCGCAGCAGCGGAAUCCAGAGGCAGCAGCGCAGCAGCGUCUCCCGGAAAACGGCGGCCUCAGUCCGGUCGUGAGGCUUGACCAGCUCCGCACGCACAACGACCCUGCAAGGCAUGCGACUCGACGGACUGGUCUUCAUCGCCGUGGUGUCGCUGGCGACCUGCCUACUUUCCCGUGCCACAGAAGCCCAUGGCAGAGCCGCCCCGAGGAAGAAUAGGCGCCUCCUGGACCUUCCUCUGGAGUGGCCUCGCCCUCGACGACGCGACCCCUCGGCGCCGCCCUCGGCUCCCAUCGACAUGGGCUACGUGCGGUCGGCCGAGUGCUGCCCGUCCGUGACCGAGGCCAUUCAGCCACUCGGCGGCGUCUCCAUCACGGGCCGCAUCCUGGAGCUGUACCGCGAGCCCAACGCCACGCAACGCUUCUAUCAGACGUCGUGCCGAGAGCAAGUCAAGGGCCGCCCCUGCCGCUACGUGCGCUCCAAAUACGAAGCCCAGUCACGCUGCGUCCAGACCUACAGCUACAUGUACGCGCUGGUGCGCGAGUUCCAGUCCGACGGGCCUUGGAGGCUCGACUACAUCCGCUACCGCAGCGGAUGCUCCUGCCAGGUCCACCGGCCCCGAGGGUACCCGCUCAGCCUGCUCGCGAGCAGGCCUUGAUCGCCCGCCCCUUAUCCCACCUGGAGGACGACGGGACGAGACCUGCUGGUGUAGACCUUUCCGCUGAAGAGCCGCUGCCGCUGACGCUGAACUGUUGUGAUGUGAUGACUCACGCGUCGAGGGACUUGCAGCGCGUGUCAAACGAGGCGUUUUGUUUUCGUCGUUGGGUAUGGAAAGGUCGACACGUUAGAGGUUAUCGUUACCAACUAGCCCAAUCCAGUGCCCUCCUACGCUAGAGGUAUAUCUCAGAGCUGUUCGAAGGAUGGUAGAAGCAGUAAACAGAAGGCCAGCAGCCGGCGCUCUCUCGUGUUAUGUCGUACCAGUCUUUGUCUUCUCGGUACUCCUCUAGCUCCACUACCGGUCAGCCCUGUCAAAGGAGACGUUAUUUCCAUCUGAGUCAUUCAGCCCCUCGCACCACGCAGCAAAACGCCGUGAUCGGGCAGCGCACGCGGGCGAGCGACUCAUCAAGCGCGUCCACUCAAUUUAUGACCUCCGUAGCGACUUCAGCCAUGCCUAGAUGACUCUUCCCCAUAGUUGCACCAGACGUAAGCGCGUUCCGAUGCACGUGUCUCAUAGCUCGUUAACGGACCGCACGUUGGGGCUCUUCUAUAUCGUUCCUUCUGUUGUAACACUGAAAGUAUUUACAUAUCAAGAACAUGCAUGCCAGGUUGGCACGUGCAUACAAUCAAAGCUUCUGCUGUGUUCAUUGAAAACAAUGUCGCAGGGUGCAGUGUAAAGCAGCUGCCGUUUUCGUUCUUCGUCGUGUCGUGUAAUAUAAUCGUCACUGUCAAGAAAGUGUUUGUGUAUGGUGAGGUGGGCCUGCAUCAACUAUAAGC